GAGUAAUAGCGCUGUAGAGGCGGUUUCAGUGGAAAGUCCACAACGUAACGCUGCUCGGGCGCAUGCGCACGCGCACAGAGGUUAUCGAAAUAUGGCGGCUAGGUUUUGCGAAAAGUACUGAGAUCUGCUCGAAUUUCGACAAAUUCGCCCAGAUCCAGGAACCACAGUGUGUGUGUAUAUGUGUGUGUGUGUUGUGUAGCACUGUAGCAGUGUUGUGAAGCUGCAGAGGCCAAUGAACAGCAUGGGCAGGACAGCACUGAAAGAUCAGAAGGAGAGUAAGAAGGAGAAGGCAGGCAGGAGUACUCCUGUCAGCACAGGACCUGUACCAGUGAAAGCCCCAGAAUCAUUCUCAUGGGAAGAGUAUCUGAAGGAGACGUCUUCCAUACCAGCUCCUCCCAGCUGCUUCAGACAGUCUCGCAUCCCUCCAUCAAACGACUUCAAGGCUGGGAUGAAGCUGGAGGCUCGCGACCCUCGUAACUCCACCUCCGUCUGCAUCGCCACGGUGAUGGGCAUCACAGGAAUCAGGCUCCGCCUUCGCCUGGACGGCAGCGACAACACCAACGACUUCUGGAGGCUGGUCGACUCGUCGGAUAUUCAGCCGAUAGGAACGUGCGAGAAGAACGGAGACAUGCUGCAGCCCCCGCUGGGGUUCAGAAUGAACGCCUCGUCAUGGCCCAUGUUUUUAUUGAGGACGCUGAAUGGGGCAGAAAUGGCGCCGGCGUCUGCGUUCAAAAAGGAACCUCAGAGGCCCCCUCAAAAUACUUUCAAACCAGGCAUGAAGCUCGAAGCGGUAGACAAGAAGAACCCUUACCUCAUCUGCCCCGCCACCAUUGGCGAGGUGAGAGGUGAAGAGGUGUUUGUGAUGUUUGACGGAUGGAGAGGCGCGUUCGAUUACUGGUGCCGUUACGACUCCAGAGACAUCUUUCCUGUGGGCUGGUGUGCAGUGACCAAACACAGCCUUCAGCCGCCUGGGAACAGCAUCACUCUGCCCAAGCCGCUGUCUGCACCUUCCUCGUCCACUUCGUCCUCCUUUUCACCAUCACCAUCCAAGCAGACGCGGCGCUCCAUGCAGUCUUCAUACCGCUUGCCCACACCUCUGCCCCCGCUGCCCGUGAGGAAGGGUGUGAGGGGCCGGCGACCCAAAAGUGAGACCAUCGCCCUGCUCAAGGCUCUGGCUGCAUCAUCAGGCUCUCAGAGUCCAGGGGCUCAGAUGAGUAGCACAGCGCCCGAUUCAGCCCCACAACUCAUCCCCCGCCCCCACAAGAAGAGAGGACCCAAACCAGGCAGCAAGAGGAAACCCAAACUCCUGCAUAGCUCCUUGUCAGCCCCAGCAGGUUCAGACUCCAGACUGCCGUCUUCUCAGGUGUCCAGGGACGGCCUGUCUCCACUGAGCUCUCCAUCCUCUGUGAUGUCCACAGUGUGCGUGUACGUGAAUAAGCACGGGAACUGCGGCCCUCACCUGGACCGCAAGCAGGUGCAGCGGCUGCCGGAUCACUUCGGACCCGAGGCGGUGAACUUGGUGCUGCAGCAGACGGUGCAGGCGUGUUUGGACUGUGCCUAUCAGCCCAAAGUGCUGCUGGGAUGCCUGCAGAAUCAGCCAGACGGUGGAGAGGUGGUACGAGUGCGGACAGACGGAGGGACACGGAUGGUGAAGCUGCCGUCGGCGUCCAGCGCGGCAUUCGUUCUGCGUUUCCUGGAGAAAGUGUGUCGACACCUGCAGUGUGAUAACCUGUUCAGCAGCCAGCCGUUCAGCCCCUACAGCAGCUACGACAGGAGCAAGUCAGUGAAAGAGGAGAUGUCAGAAGCUCCAGCACUAAACAGAGGAGUAAAGCGAAUCUCUCGAGAUUCUCCGCCCUACUCCGCCCCUCUCUCCCCUAAGAUCCUCCACACGGAUGCACACCCUUCUGAAGCUGAGACUCUGCCACCAGAAGAAAACGGUUUAUUAAAAGAACAACGCUUCAUGGACUCCGCCUCCAACUCCAUGACACCCCGCCCACAGACGCUACGCAGCACCUCCGAAUACCAGUCCCAACCCAGCAGUCCAUUUUACCAUGGUAACGGCCCUCCCUUGCGCCGCCACGCCUCCAACCCCCCGACUCGUACCCACAGAAGGGUAGAAGCUGCCAGCUCCACUACGGGUCCAGAUGCAGCAGCAGCAGAGUGCGAGACUCCCAGAAUUCCCAGCGGCAGAAGCCCUUCUUCCUGGUCCAUAGAGGAAGUGAUGCAGUUCGUGCGAGACGCAGACCCAACGGCGUUGGCGCCGCAUGCUGAGCUGUUCAGGAAGCAUGAGAUUGACGGUAAAGCCCUGAUGCUUCUGCGGAGUGACAUGGUGAUGAAGUACAUGGGCCUGAAGCUCGGCCCCGCCCUCAAACUCUGCUACCACAUUGAAAGACUCAAACAGGGCAAGCAGUGAGGAUUAAACACACAAAUACCCAAACACAUGUACAUCCAAACACAAACAGGAACAGGAUUAAACACAGGCUUCUUGGUACAGUACAAUACUGGUUGGGUUUACAGUACUAGUAUUGGAUUAAGCUCAGCAGUAUGGAUUAGGUUUAAAAGACUGGAUGAAGCACAGCGUCGGACGAGAGCUAAACAAGACGGAGAGUCACUGACACGUGCCACUUUUCAUCCAACCCGAGCACCAAACAAAGCCACAAACAGACGAGAAGAAACGACGGACAGCAGGCUCACGUCGGGAGUGAACCCUGGGAUGGACACAGCAAGAGAUCUGGGCAGCAAUAAAACACACACUACCUGCCACUGAGUGAGAGAGAUAGAGAGAGAGCUCUGAGUGAUGCAGAAACUGACUCCAUAGAUCUACACAUAUUGUUAUUUUAUCAUGUACAGAUCUACUGGCGGUCCUCGUCUAACCCACAGAACCACAGAACAGUGUGAGUCUCUGCUACGACUGUAUCAUGCACAAGAAGCAUAGCUAAAAACUCAUAUAUCAUAUAUGUGCAUCUUCCUCUCUUUUUUUUUGUCCUGUUCCUGUCAAUGUUCCACGAUCUCACGUUUGUCCGUUUUCUUUUCUUCCUCAUCCGGUUCAAAUCCGUAAGAAAGCAGUCAUUCUUUUAAAAAAAUCCCCUCUUAAAAAAGACGUGGAUAUUUGCUUUGAUUACUGCAUCAGUCGGUGCAUGGAGAAUCACGCUUCUCCUCCCUACCUCCUGUCUGUGACACAGAGACAGUCCACUCCUGCAGAUUCACUGCUGUGAAAACCAAACAGCACUGCAGAUCCUUUCAUCUCUCUUCUUUUUUUUUUUUUUUGGACACAGUCACCAUGCUGUGUGCUUGUAUUUAUACUUUUCAGUGUCUAGCAUGGGGAAUCUGCUCAUAAAUCACCCCCCCCCCAUCUCUAACCUCUUCCUCAGCUUAAACCUCAAAUCCCAGUAUUCGUCGUAUAAUACAGAUGUAUUUUGAAGUAGAAAAAAAAAUCAGUUGUAGAUGAUUUGCUUGUUAAAAUAAAUUGUAUUUUAUUAAUAAUUGUAAGUCACAUUUCCGCCUGGGAAGGUGGAUAUAAAUACGAAUAUGAUGUUUCUGAUGUGAUUUUAAUCUCCCUUGCAGUUCAUUCAUGUCAGUCUGAUGCAUGAGGUUGACGUUUUGCUAUCAUUGAUAUCGAAGAAAGACGGAAGAGAAAUGGCAGAAGCUGUAAUUCCACUCUCCAGGUCUAUGAAGCGACUAUUUUAGCUUAAAGAUCUCAGCAUUAUAAGGAGAAAUGUGACAGGUUUGCUCACGUUCAUCUCUCUUAUUACAGAUUUGACUGAAAAUACUCCUUACUACAGAGUAGAGUAUUCAGGAGUAUUCCUUUUUUCUCUAGACAUAUAUAUAUAUAUAUAUAUAUAUAUAUAUAUAUAUAUAUAUAUAUAUAUAUAUAUAUAUAUAUAUAUAUAUAUAUAUAUAUAUAUAUAUAUAUAUAUAUGGUGUGUGUAUAUAUAUCCUAGCAGACUAGCCCACUAGCCCAUCAUUAUACAGGACUGUUUUACUCUUCUUGAGACCAAAAAAUUGAGCGUAAUCUUUCAGGAAAACGUGUGAACAUGAUGAGUGACAUCACUGUUUUUUUGUUGUUUUGGGUUUUUAAAAAAAAAAAAAAAAAAACAUUGAUCUAGAAACCAAACCAAACAAACCAGCAGAUCAAUUCUCACAGGCUUUCAGGAUAUUUUUGUGAAAGCAGCCUGAUGUAUUCAAAAAGAUAUAUUUAAAAAAUAUAUAUAUAUAUAUAUAUAUAUAUAUGUGUGUGUAUACACAUUAUAUAUAUAUAUAUAUAUAUAUAUAUAUAUAUAUAUACAUAUAUAUAUAUAAACACACACACACACUUUAACACAUAAAUGUAUGUGUGGCGGUCUGGGAAACCCCAUGCCACUGUGGAUGAUUUUUUGCUAAAUACUUACUUAUAACAUCUCAAAACAUACAUAUUCGUGGCAGAAACAAAACAAUAUUUUUAUUUACGGUUGCACAUGGUAUCUCCACUGUGUGCCACUCAGAAACCUUGCUUAGGUAUGUGUCAUUUUCCUGAGGUGCCAAUAUUUAUGGUUCAGCUGUAUAAUUUACUGUUAUUUUUACUUUGCUACAGGAGACACCUGAAAACAAGGUUUUUCUAGCUUUUUUUUUUUUUUAACUAGGACAAAAAAUAUAUAUAUAUUCAAUUCCCCAAAGGAAAAGUCAGUUUAGGGGAAUAAAUAGUUUUUGACUGCUUGAUAGAAUUUUUACUUUGCUCUUAUUUUAUAAUAUAUCAUUUUUUGUGACCCAAUAAAACACUCCGAUUGUUUAUGUUUAUGCUGCUAGCACAGUCGCUUCGUCCACUCACAUCCAUUAUGCUAAUUUUUAUGGUGAUUUUCUUUGUUUUCUUUCUCUGGUUAAAUUUCCUUGUCAAGAAAAGAAACAUGUUGCUAGAUAGAUAAAUAUAGCGUAGCCUAAUCUAUAAGCCUCAUUAAUAUAGUUUGUAAUUUCACACUGUCUGUAACAGGUCCACAAUUUUCAAUUUUUGUUGUAAUCAGAUUUUAACUUGUUAAGAUGUUACUUCUGCUUAUGAGGAAUAAGGGUUUUCCCAGGCUGCCUCACCACAAGAACCUCGAGGUUGCCGUUGUUUUCCAGUUAAAAUACUCCUCGCCAUUUGUUAUGUUGAAAUCUUCCUCCUUUCUAAACAUUUGCAUGAAUAUUUUUCUGUGUGUAUAUUCUUAUUACACUGACAGGAUCCUCUGCCUUUUAUUUGGAAUCGGUCUGUAUUUUAUUUAUUUAUUUUUUUUCACAUCCUGUCAUAAUCAAAUCCUCCAUCUACAAAGACCAUGUUUUAAAGGGACGUGUUUUUAUAUAUCGUCGUGGAAAAAGCAAUCCAUUUGUCACUCAUCUGGCUUACGUGACAAAACAAAAAAACAAACCACAGUGUGCCACAGGGUCAUCAGUGUAUUAUGGGUUUCACCAUAAAAUGCAGCAGCAGGAAUGUACAUGUUUUUGUAGAAAAAGAAAUAUUUUAAACUGAACAUAUUGUAUAUGGAAGUAGAAAAUGUGAAGCUUUCGGGACAGGCCGGAGCUGUCGUCAUCCAUCUCGUACUGCCUUCCGAUACUUUCUACUGCGCUUCGAAAUCUGAUUUGUCUGUUGCUUUUCCUUUUGAGAUUUCUCAGGUUUGUAGUAGAAUUUGUUCGAAGUCUGCUUUUGUAAUGUAGCAUUUCAGUCCGUUUUCACCUUUUAGCCUCUUGUUUUUUUUCUUUCUUUCUUUCUUUCUUUGUCAUUCUUUUGUAAAUUUAUUGUGCCAUAGUUAACUAAUAAUCACUAUGCUAUUUUCAAAACAAAAAACAAAACAAAAAAACAAGCAAAAAAACAGCCGAUGUGUAGGAGAUGCAACAGAAGCUCAAAACACUUGUUAAGAUGUGAAUAGACAUUUUUAAUGUAACAUUUUUAAAAGUAAUGCACCCUUCACAUACACAUUUUUUCCACAUUUUAAAUGAUACAAAUAAGAAUAAAUAAAUAAUUUAAAAA